AUGCACCUGGAGUUCUGGAGGCCUCACUUCAAGAAGGAUGUGGACAGCAUGGAGAAAGUGCAGAGGAGAGCCAGGAGCUCAGCUCCGAAGGUCCCAGCGAUGUCUCCCUCCGGCUACACCCUUUGUCUCCUGCUCCUGGUGGCGGCCGUCUGGCUGUGGCUGCCCUGCUGCGAAGGCAAGGACUACCCAGGCUUCCUGAGGAGGCACCAGGACUACCCCAAGUCGAACUACGGCAACGACAAGAAGUACUGCAACAAAAUGAUGCCCCGCAAGGGUUUGAUGUGCCGGAGGAGAAAUGCCUUCAUCCAUGCCACGGAGCAGCAGCUGAGGUCCAUCUGCAAUCCCGGAGGGCAGAUCCAGAACGGCAUCACCACCAGCAGGGCCAUCUUCUCCAUCACCACCUGCAAGCGGAAGAAGCGGUGCAGGUACAAGGGGGAGAGCAAGACCAGGAGGAUCCAGGUCAUUUGCAAGAAUGGCCUGCCGGUCCGCUACAUCUCCCACCUGUAG